CAGUUGUGAGAGUUCUUCUGGAGAUGUUGAUUAGCAUAGGGUUGUUCGUUGUUUUAAUCACGAUCGGGUGGUUUUGGUAUAAAAGGAAAUUUUCUUAUUGGAGUCGACACGGCGUGAAAGAAUGGCCGGCGAAAUCGAUUUUCGGAAACUUCGGCGAUGUGAUCGCGAUGAAAGCGAACGAAGCGGACGUCGCAGACGAAUGCUAUAAGCAAUUGGGCGAUGUCAAAUUCGGCGGUUAUUACUUCCUCUGGAAGCCACUUCUCAUGAUCAAAGACCCGGAUUUGAUCAAAACCAUAACGAUCAAAGAUUUCGAACAUUUUUCUGACCACCCGCCUUUUCUAGACACAACAAACAACACAGACGCUGUGGGCCAUUCGCUCUUUUUCAUGAAGUCUGAGGAAUGGAAGAAGCGGAGAUCCGUGUUGACGCAUCUUUUCACUCCUAAACGUCUCAAAUCCAUCCAUACCAUGACGGGGCCAAUUAUGGACAGCUUUUUUCCCAAGUUUGACCAAUGCGCGAAGGAUGAUCUGGACAUCGACAUGGACCCGACGCUGACCGAAUUGACGAUGAACGUGAUCACGAAAACUUUCAUCGGGAUCGACGUGAAGGACCAGUCUGCUUUCCUCAAAGCGUCACACAUGUUCUCGUAUCCGGACACGCCGAGCUUGAUCAAGUCCUUCCUUUACACCGUUCAACCGGAGAUACACAAGGCUCUCGGGCUCACCACUCUCAACAAGGGGAUAUACGCGCUAUUUUCUGAACUCGUCGAAAGGGUCAUCAGGCUGAGAAAAGAGCAGAACAUCGUUUCCAACGAUUUAUUCGAUUUUUUAAUCAAAUGUGAAAAUGGAGAUGUCAAAAAUUAUGAAGAUAUUUCUAAGACCGAAAUGAUUGCCCACACGUUCGUCUUUUUUUUCGCUGGACACGACACGACGACACUGACUGGAGCCUUGACGCUCUUCGAACUCUCAAGGAACCCAGAAAUCUAGAAGAAGCUCAGGAGCGAAAUAAAAAAAGCGGUUGAAGAACGGAAGGACGGCCUCAGCUA